AUGAGAGUUUGGCUUGAUUCUUUACUGGGGUUGAACUCGGCCUGCCUUCUUUACCGGGGUCGAGUUCGGCUUGCUUUCUUCGCUGAGGUCGGGCUCGGUUUAUCCUUUUUGCGAGGCGGAGCUCGGCUUGGUAUCUCAGGUACGAAGCUAGUUCGGCUUAUCCUGUUCGUCGUUUUGCGAGACUGGGCUCGGCUUUUUCAAUGCCUUGGGAUCUUCUAUUCUACUUGUCGGACAUACGAGAUGAGCUCGGUUUACUUGCCCUUUUCGAAGGAAGAAUCCCUGCGAGCCUGGACUCGACUUGGUUAUUAG